CAACACCGGACCCAUUUUGUGAGAUUUCCUCCAUAGGGUGCCGUGUGUAACAGGAGCCCUAACCGGUAACCAAAACGCGCCGCACCUUGUUCACCUCUCAUCUCUCACAGUGGCACCCAGCCACGCUCGUCCUUACUCUCAUGGAGCUCCUCCUCACUCCGCCCCUUCCCUCUGUCCGGCAUCUGUACGAAAUUGAUGACCAGCGCGGAGAAGAGUACUCGAACGCGGCUUGGAUGAAGCAUCGUAGCAGCCCUCUAUCGUCGCCGGUGGUCUUCGUGAAGCCACCACCGCUGUCCGCGUUGCAACACCGGCGGCACGGCGUCGCCCUUAUUAUGCUGGGAUCUGCCUCGUGUUGUUCCUAUCUUCUGCCCCUGUUUUCUGGCCAACCCUUGUCCCCAGGGAUCCGUCACGAUCUGAAGCUACUCCCUCUCUAUGUACUUAGGGGAGCGCUUCUUACCCUGGUGCCACAAUGUGAGGUUGUCGAUGAUGUCCUUAAUGUAGUGGUUCGCAUGCUCACAACUACCUCCGAAAGACAACGUUGGUUCCUACCCACAAGUAUUAUGCAAGCUGCAAUCGACGAUCGUUCCAUGACGUUCGGGAACAUGACAUCCCUCCAUAAUAAGUACAUGCGGAGCAAGGUGGAUCGUGUCACGAGGAUUUAUCAGCCGAUGUGGUGUGACCGGCACUGGUACCUAAUGAUUAUUGAUGUUCCAAGGAAGAAGUUGAUCUAUCUUGACUCACUUCGAGACCCGCAUCAAGCUGAUGCAAGGAAAACAGGGAUGAUGCGAGUGGCGCUGUAUCUCGAGGGACUCACGUUAGGAAAGCCAUGGUUGUCGGGCGAGGGGGCGCUGCGUCCUAGGUUUUCGGCAUUUGAUUUCGAAGAGCCAGAUGUCCCUCAACAAAAGGGGAACUCCAUGGACUGUGGCGUAUGGGUGGCCCAAUGGAUGAUUCGAGAACACUUAUGGAAAGAUUAUGGAGUACAGCAUGUGAAUAGUGCGACGCGAAUGCGGUUAGCUGCGGAUUUAGUGCUGAAAUCACACAACGAAAUCGCACAGGAGGUAGUCGCAAAGGCAUUUGCACACUGGGAGAUGAAGUCAACCUAGCUGAUUGAAAACUGUCUUUGGAUCCGACCAGUGGUUACUAAUUUUGCAGUGGCGCCAAUCAGGGUCCUUAAUUUUUUGCUCCAGCCCUCAAUGUUUCGGGACAAAGUUGAGAUGACGUCUCGAAUUUGUUUUUUGUUUCUAAAGUGUGAAACAUCACUGCCACCCUCUUGUUAAUAUGUGUACAUAGUAAACUUGUUGCAUAGACUUCAAAUUUUUUGGGCUUGUAUGAAAUAAUGUAUUGUAUACCGAAAGGGCUGUUUUAAUUAGAAAUGAUAAGCAGGAGUUUGCAUGAAAA